UUAUCGAGCGACCCGGUGACCUCUUGUCGAGCAAUUGAUUAUUUUAGGAGAGGCAGUUGGAAUAUGCCGUUUGCAGGAAGACCGAGCACGUAGUCCGCUAUGGGGAGUCGUUCGGACAGCAUAAAGGAUCCGAUCUAUUAUCCUUCGAUGCAGGAGAUCACUGCAAUGACGGAAGCGUCGGGAACGACAACGGGGACGGCGGCGGAAACAACGUCGGCGACGGUGACGGAGGGUAGCGAGAGAAGCAGAGGAUCCGCGGGUAGCCAAGAUCUCGGCCUCGAGGAAGGCAACUCGCUAAAAGUACCGCGGAAGUUUAUUACGAAUUGGCGGCAGGCUUGCGACCGCACUCGCGACAGAACCAAGGAUCUGUUGAAAAGGUGGCGAACGGUGUCAAGCAACGUGGACGAGACGAUAGUUGGCCCACCAGUUCCUAAUAAGCAAUUGGAUCACCCAGGCUGGAGCGUACACGUUUGGACUACCUGGGUAAGCAGAUUUCCAAGCGACGAGAACCUAGCAGCGAUAGAAGAGUCCGGAGCCGCGAAGGGAGGAAAUCUAAAGGACCUGGCGGCUAUUCAACGGGACAAAUUCAGUCACUUCUUCGCGUACUUGUUGGACCACGACCAGGACGGUUUCGUGAACAGAAAAGACUUUCGUAUGCUCUCGGAGCGACUGAGAAGAUUCGCGGAUUGGUCGUGGAACGGGCCGGAGUACUUGCGACUAAUGGAAGCCGAGCAGGGUUUGGCGGAGCUGAUUCUUCAAGAGAAACACUACGACGCGAGCGAGGACGGCAAGAAGAUCAGCUUGGACGAGUGGCUGCGUUGGUGGGCCAAAGUCGUCGCCCCGACCGGCGGCACCUCUUACAACGACAUCCCGUUUUGGCUGAAAAUUCUGCCGAGAAUAUUUUUCCUCGCCAUCAACAGCUCGUCGAGCGGAAUCAUUUCCAAGACAGAGCUCGGCUCGUUCUACGGAUCCGUUGUCGGCCUCGACUCGAACAGAAUCGCCAAGAGUCUGGAUAUCGCGUACAAUACCAUGACAUCGAACGGAGAUCAUCCUCUGGGUUGGCCGCAGUAUCAGCUCGUGUUCGCCAAUUUUCUGUUCGGUCGAGGUCCAUUCGGUCCUGGAGAACAUUUCCUCGGUUUGACGGACUCCUGCAUAAUCCGCGGCAAUAACGCGCCGUUCCCAAUCGAUUACGCCGCGAUGAACACGCCGAAGGACAAGCUGGAAGUGUACAGUCCACACUGCAGAAGCGCGCGACGCAGCGUCGUCGUUUGACUCGAGAAACUAACGAUACUUAAAAAUACAUGUGUUGUGCAGGAAUAAAGGCGUCCUAGCUCCUGUCGUCUUGGACGUUCGAAGCUCGAUACGUGGCAGACCUUCGUCCAGCGGCUUAGUACAUCCGUGUACGUUCCUCGGCAACGAACAUGACAGAAGAGAAGAUUUAUAAUAGAUCUCGCUUAAAAAAAAAAAAAAGAAAGAGACGUCCACCGUCACGAUGUUGUUUCUUUUUUAUUUCCUGUAUCGCGUGUACCACCUCGGAAAAACCGAUGGCAUCGCAACCUCUGUCGGAACGACGACGACCGUUUGUGCUUUGGACUUGUCCCGAACGGUUGCGAACGGUUGCGAACGGUUGCGAUGAUGGACGACGAAUCGACGGAGACUUUAUAAAUGCACUGUCUGCUGCAGAGUUGCCCGUGCAUAGACUCUGAAGUCGGGGAUCCUAGAGGGGCAAACCUCUGGAGCCUAGAGGCAAGGCCGUUUUCGCCCACACCGCCAGGACGAAAGAUUCGAUCUCGCAUUCGUUCGUGUCCCUUUGGAUACGGAAUAGACCCUCUUCGCCCCAUUGACGACCCCACGAGUUUGCCACCAGCUGAAACAAAAGUUCACGAGAAUAUUCGGGCCAAGUUGGGAGAAAACGAGAGAGAAGCAACCAACCAUCGGGCACGCAAACUUACCCAGUACUUCAACGGCGGACCAUGACUAGAUUCUUCUUCUCCCCAUCCGAUUAUCCUUACCGAAUGAUAAGCGGGCUCGUCCGACUCAUCCCGCUCCCCGAACGGGGAGUGUCUGUAGACUCCCGACUCGUACGAGAAGAAAUCUUGGUAAACCCUGAACGUGGCUGAAACGAUCAAGGAUAUCUACAGAGUUCUCGUUUGAGAUCGCCGCGUUUCUUACCCUGGACGGGUCCGGAAGUCAGGAUCUCCUGCAUGAUGUCGGUCUCGUUGCCCAAACGGUACGCGGGUCCGACUUUGUACAACUCCGUGCGUAACGGAUUAGACGGAACCAUACAGCCGGCGGUCUUCAGAUCGGUCCUCUUUCGGAGUUUGCACUGUUCGCUCGUUCCUGUCCACGGGUAGCACUGUUCCUCGACCAACCUGAAAGAAACGCGCAGCUGUAAACGCUCCGAACAAAUACGACGGCGUUCGAAUCUAUA